UCAAAGUUCGCUGAUUAUUAUAGUAGUAAAAUAUCAGUCUCAUCUGCGACGAGGCAAAAGCGCAGAAGGGCGGAUUUGAUCUCACCUCGUCUAGGGUUUCCCAAUCGGGAUCGGAGAUGAAGAUCACUGCCCUCCUCGUCCUAAAAACCUCCGGCGCCGGCGCCGGCGAUACCUCCUCAUCUUCUUCUUCUGGAGCAUCGGAUCCCGUGGUCCUCGCCAACGCCUCCGACGUCAGCCAUUUCGGAUACUUCCAGAGGUCGGCCGCCAAGGAGUUCAUCCUCUUUGUCUCCCGCACCGUCGCCAAGCGAACAACCCCCGGGCAGCGCCAGUCCGUGCAGCACGAAGAGUACAAGGUGCACUCUUAUAACCGAAAUGGCCUUUGCGCUUUGGCUUUCAUGGAUGAUCAUUAUCCAGUUCGAAGUGCAUUUUCUCUUCUAAACACGCUGUUAUGUGGUUCCGCAGUCAAUGUUCCUGUCUUCCUUCCCUUCUUGAAUCACGUACUGGAUGAAUAUCAGAAGACAUUUGGUGAGUCUUGGAGAGCCCAGCAAACUGAUUCUACUCAACCAUGGUCAUUUCUAACUGAAGCAUUGACAAAAUUCCAGGAUCCUGCAGAGGCUGAUAAGUUACUGAAAAUUCAGAGGGACCUUGAUGAAACUAAGAUUAUCCUUCAUAAAACUAUUGAUAGUGUGCUCGCUCGAGGAGAAAGGUUGGAUAGCCUGGUUGAGAAGAGUUCAGAUCUCAGCGCAGCAUCACAAAUGUUCUACAAACAAGCCAAGAAAACCAACCAAUGCUGCACCAUGCUGUGACAUUGCCAGAGAAGCAGAUGAUCAGCUCGAAUUUCAUUCUAUGUACGUGCACUCGCUCUCUGUCUAGAUACUAGUUUGAAUAUAUCUCAACAUUGUCAAGUCAUUGGCCUUUUCAUUGUCCUUUUUGCGCUGUUAAUUAAUCAUGCUUAUUAACAUGUAAUGUGAUGGUUACUCAAUUCAUUUGUGUAUUUCAUUCA